UUAACAAAGGAAUCCACUUCCUACCCACUCCCUUGUCCUUUCUGGUUGCAUCUGCAGUGCUACUUUUUCUAAGGACUGGUAAUACUCCCAUUUUUAAAAAUCUUGUCAAGCCAGAUUCUGCAUAAAAACCAACCCACUCAAUUCCGCAGUCUGACUUCAUCUUGCACAUGUGUAUACUGGCUUGUUUUGCAUAAUACAUUCUGUUUCUUGGAAUGAUGAGUUAAGGGAGGACGCUAGGCAAGAACACUGUGCUCAGCCUUAUAUUCCGUCUCUAGCUUCUGAGAUUCUUGCCUAUGUACCUGCUGAAAUCACAGGGACUAGAAGCUUGGUGUUUGGUGUUUUUUAAAAGGAAAGGUUCUCAGAAAAUGGGAUUCUACACUAAGUGUCACACGCCACACCUGUGCUGCUCAGUUCGUGAUGCAUGGAUAUGUUAACAGCCCUUUUGCUGCAGCUUCACAUUACUGGUUUGUUUGUUUGACCUCUGCCUUUGGGUUGUUGGAAGUUCAUCUUAAGAAUCAAAGUCCUAGCCCUUGAUUAUUUUUCUUAAUUAUAUAGUGGACACUCACUGAGCUGGAGACUGGCACUGUAAGCAACACAGGCAUAGAGCAAAUGGCCACCAGGGGGUAUGCUGGACUAUACCUUUUGCCAAAUAGUUAUAUAAAUCUUUUAAUUGAAACAUAAAUAAAUGGUUGUCCACUCCUAGUUUUGAAUGGGAAUAAGCAUUCUCCAGGUUUAUGCCCCCUUCCUUCUCUAGAAUUUAACUACAAUCCAGUAUGUUUAUUCAGAAGUAUGAGCUGGUGUAUUCAGCUGGGUUUACUUCUGGGUAAGUGUGGAUUGCAGCCUAAAUCUCUUCAGUCUGGGGUGGGUGCACUUUUUAUUUUAAAAUGUUUUUAUUAAAUAUUUUUAAAAUAUCAAAGGAGCAAAUAUAUAUCAUGAAAUAAUUAAGAGUUACUGUUUUUGCUGGAAGAGACACAACUACCCCUCUGGUAGUUGUCUCUACCAGCAAGAACAAUAAAUAGUUGUUAGCUCUUCUGCCUGUACAGUAUGCACCCAGCCCCUCUGCCGUCUCUUUUAGCUAAGAUUUUAAUCUUAUUACUUAAUUAACCACAGUUAGGAAACUAGUUUACUCAUACUGGGAACUAUUAAGGCACAGGUUGAAAUUUAUUUUAAUUCCCUGGCUUGCUUGAGAGCUAUUAACCAUAGUUUCCUGAUUCAGAUAAAGAAGGAUCUGCGCAGGAGCCAUUUGUAUCUCAGUUUAGUAAAGUCUGAUGACAUUAGAUCAUCCAAACUGGGUCUUUAUGUGAUAGAAAAAAGUUUCCUCUUAUUUUUCAGAAGAGUGGUUCCCUACCCUGUAGUUUGGUCUGUGUGGUUUUUCCCAACAGAGGGCGCUUGUGAUUUUUUUUUUUAACUUUCCGCUCAGAUCAAUUGUUUGCUAGAAGAAUUAUCAUCUCUUCCAAAACUUUAUCUUAAAAUAGAUUAGGAUUGCAAUCAUAUGCCAUUUUCCUUGGAAAUUAACCCGAUUGGAUUCAAUCGAAAUAACUCUUUAGUAGAUAUGCCUAAGAAUGCGCUGUUGGUAUUGGUUUAAAUGGACCCAAGUGUGGGUCUUUAAAAUAUGUCUUUAAAAGUGGGUCAUGGUUUGUGGACGAGCAAGUAUAUUCAGCCGCCGAAACUUGCUGCUUCGAUUUUAACACGAGGUAUAUGUCCGGAACGACGUUACAACGGAACUGAAAUCCUCGGAGAUAAGGAGAUAAAAGCGAAGGGGAAGCAGUUCAGCCACGGACGCGGUCCGGCUCGCACAUUUUAAUGCCAGAGUCUUAUCAGCCAGAUGGGAGACUGAGGCUGAGAGAUUGGCUUGCCAAAGGCCACCUGCACAGGAAGGAGCCAAGCCAUUGAACUCAGUGGGGUUCACUCAGGUGAACAGUGACAUAAGGACUUGAAGGUUGCAUGCAAGUCUGUACUGCCAACUUUCCCAAUGGAAGAGGCUCCCAAACCAACAUAUCAGGAUGAACUGGAGUGGUGCAUCUCUCAGCUGGAGACAGGCCUACUACGUCUCAACCCAACUCCAAAGGAAGCAGAGGAGACGCAGUGCAUCCUUGGGGUGCUGCGCUCCCGCAAGGCUCCCCUUUUGAAAAAGCGGCAAGUGAUGCAUCGCGUUUUUGGGGACUACCAGCUGAAAAUGGCAGAAGAGAGGCAGAAGGCAGCAAAAGCAGCCAUGAAGUCUGAGAAUACAAUGCAGAUUCAACCAGGAGAUGCUCUCAGUUCAGGCAGUGUGGUCUACCAGAAGCAAUCCAGCCGCUCUUCUGCGGCACCAACAUCAUGGUUUGCGCCAUCAGAUAACAGUUUUCAGUUUGAUUUUGUUCUUUCCGAGAGAACCUCCGAAGAAAUGGACGGAACCGUGGGCGAAGCUUGCGCGGUGGAUGACUCAAGAGAGUGGUCCCCUGGUAAUGGUCCCCUUGGGACACUGGACUUCUCCACUGGAACAAAGAAGCCUGAAUUUGCUUUCAACUUUGUCAUCCCAGAUGUCCUCCCGCUUCCAUCUGUUGCUGCUGAUCUAGGCUCUGAAGCUGCAAUAGAAGCAACCACAGAGGUAGACCCUACAUCUCAAAAUGCCAUGGUGACCAUGCCAGAGAAUGCAGCCUUUCCAAAACCUGAUAAAUCAGAUGCGAUGGGCAGCACAAGUAAAAGAGACGGUGAAGACCCUGUGCGAGAGGUUUCUAAAUCAGAGGCUGCCCAAGUAGCCAUAAUGGAGACUAAAGAAACAAAGCUGACAGUGACAGCUGGUGGAUCUUCCAAGAGGAAAAAGAAAAAGAAGCCACCACCUUCAAAGGUAGCACACAGUGACAAUGUAAAUGGAGACAGCAAACUGCAUGGAAAAGGCACAUCUAACCAAGCGGAAAUGUGUCAGUCAGAUGACCAGAUGAAGAGAGAGGUUGACUGGUGCGUGGAACAGCUAGAGCUUGGCUUGAAGACUCGGAAAUCAACUCCCAAGCAGAUGGACGAGGCACUCCGGGCCAUCAAGACCUUGCGCAGUGAGAAGGCAGUGCUGGCAAAGAAGCGCCAGCUGAUGCGUGCCCUGUUUGGUGAUUACAGGACGAAAAUAGCAGAGGAAAGACAGAAGCAGCUGAAGCUCAUGCAAGCAGCUUCAAAAGCAGCUCGUAUCGCAGAAGUGGCUGAUGAUGCUUCUAGGAAGAGCAGCCGAGUUUUUAGGAAGUCUGCAGUAAUGACCAGGACAAACCAGAGACCUGCAGAAUCCUUUCCUCCUCCUCCUACCCCAGCAACUUCUACUGGGGCAACUGAGACUUGCUCUUUUGUGUUGACGCCUUCCCAAGAGGAGUUCCGCUUCAAUUUUUUCUAAGGAAGCUGGUUGAAUACUUAAUUUCGGUUGGGUGCUGAAAAAUUGGCCAAAGUUGCCUUUUAAAAAAACCCACAAAAAUGUCUUGGCACAAAGGCCUGCAAAAAUGGAAACAGGCGAAUGGCUGAAUAGUGUGGAAAGCCUGACCAAAGUGCCUUUGGGGAGGACAAAGAAGGGCCUGGUGUCAUGUAUACAGGCCCCCAUGAGUUCAGUGGUAGCUUUAUGCAAAAGAAUAGGUGUCUUUUGGUAUUUUAAAAUCCAUGUGGAAACCUAGUAAAAUGACAGCUGUAAUUUAGAGGCCAAAGGAAAGUGAGAAGAUAAGCAGGGAGCAAACGUGUGUGCCUUUUUUGCCAAAGAAGAUGCCCCCAAAUAAGGCAGAUGCAUCUAUUUCAUCAGAAUUACUUUCUACCUCAUUCAUUGGAUCCUCCAUUCUUUAGGCUCCUGAGCUGCUUUUAGGCUCGCCUGUGUGUAAAUGUUUAAAGCUUCAUACAGCGCUUCAGAAAAGUUUGCUCUGGAUCCUGGUAGGAUGUAGUGGAUCACGAAAAUCAUGUAAUUAUUACAGUGGCUAAUAAAACAGAUUACUUUUUUAUAGCAAGCAUUUUGGAGGCUGAAAUAUUUUGCUAUAAAAAUUAAUAUCUGUUUUGUUAGUUACUGUGAUGAAUAUGCGUGUGUGGACAUGCACACACACAAACAGGUGGCCAGCUGGCCACAAUCGCCAGCCUUGCUCUUCAGGUUCUGCAGAAAUCAUCACAGCAAAGUAGAUUUCCUUGCAUGACCUUUAUUACCUGCUGAUUCCUGUACGUCAAGCUGAUGUUAAUUGGCACCGACUGCUGGGACAUGUAAUUCACACACAACCAAAUGCACUUUUGCAGAGCCAUAAACCUAUGUAGGUGUUCAGUUUGGUGGCCUGGUGCUGAAGAGGUGAUACCAAAACCAUUGCCCAAUGAAAUUUGCCAAGCUUCAUGGAUACAGUCAAGCCUUGACAACUGACUUGUUGGGAGAUGGGGCAUCUCUCAUGGUGACCUCAGCUGCUGACUGACAUGGGCUGCAGCAGGAAAUCAGGAGAGGCUCCAUCACACUUGUGCAAACUGUCCAGCCAGUGCAGACUGCCCACUUAUAUGAAUGUCAAUUUUAAAAAAGGCCUCUCUCUCUCCCUCUCCCCCAGUCAAGAAUAGGAGCAAACGAUUUACUGAACAGAUCAGUGCUUUGAAUCAAAUAUAAAAUAAAUGUGUUUCAAGAUCCUGCAUGUCUUUUCUUCCCCUCUUUCUUUCAUUCUUACAUUUUAAGGCAUUCGAGAAUAGAAUAGCAUUGCAUUAGUCCGUAGAUCAUAGCAAAAUAAAACAGGGUCCCAAACUCAUUAAAAGUGCAGUAGUCACAAUUAAAGUUUAUACAUAAAAUACAUACUUAUCCUUAAACUGGGCCUUGCUGAUAAGACAAACAUUACUAAAAGAAGAGGAAGAAUAUAUGAAGAUUGUAACAUCAGAUGAUUGUGUCAAGAUACAUUUGGUGCUCUUGUGCCUUCAUAUUUCUGUGACAAUGUACAGAAAUGGAAUCCAACAACUUUUCCCUGCAUUUAGCAGCCUUUACGACAAACAAAGCAACCCUCCAUUCAAGUUUCAUUCUGUAAAACAUUUCUAGGCUGCCUUUCCAGACAGUGUCCAUCCAAAGUGGCUUAAAAGUAAAAUAACCAUGCGAAAACCCUAAAAUUGUGACCUAAAGUUAUACUUCAAUCUUGCAGGCAGAAGCAUGGAGCGGGGAUGUGGCCAAAGCAAGAGACACAUUUUGUGGUUCUUGGCUGAAAGAGAUGUUUAGUAUGUAGAUCUAGAUUAAAGUGUUUUUAUUUUUAAUUAAGGAUUGGCACGUUUGCUAAUUACUUAUUUAUAAAUUCACUUGUACCUGGCCUUUCAGCCCUCAAAAGGGCCUCCAAUGCAGCUUUAAAACCAUAGAAGAAGAAAAACAAAACAAUGAUAACAUUAAAAACCAACGGCAUUUGAAUAUUCAAACAGGAGAUAGAGAUUCAAGCUCCAUUGAACUCCUGGCAGAAAACUCCCCGACAUUUUUAUUAUGCACUGGAAAUCUGAAAGAGAGGAAACUGUCAGGAGCAUAGGAAACUUCCCUAUACUGAGUUGGACUAUUGGUCCAUCUAGCUCAGUACUGUCUACGCUGACUGGCAACAGCUCUCCAAGGUUUCAGAUGGGGAGUCUAUCCCAGCCCUACUUGGAGAUGCCAGGGAUUGAACCAGGGCCCUUCUACAUGCUAAGCAGACGCUUUAAACCAUUGAGCUAUGGCCAUGUGGCAGGCAGUGGCUCUACAGCUGCUAGUGAAGAACUUCAUUUGGAUGCCCACAAGUUCUAGAGUUAGGAGGGAUUUGAUCUGGAUUAUGACACAAUCCUAGAGAUUUCCAUUGGGAGGGUUGUAUCCAGAUUUGACUUGAUGACUACUUCUAUCCAGGGCAGGCAAGGUUGCCAUCUGCCUUUCAGUUCACGGGGAGACUGUCCUUGCCAUCUAAAAACUGCUGGAAUUGAUCAGCCUGCACAGGUGAGGGGUGUGAAACAGAUUGGACAGCAAGUACUUAGAUAGUACAUCUUCUCCUCCCAACCUCUUGGUGUUGGAAUUGUCAGCUGUAACAAAAUAACUCCUGGCAGGGACGAUGGCAUGCAUUCCAGCUUCACUCAGACCUUGCCUGGAAGAUAUAUGAAGGGAACAGGGGCACCAGCCAAGUGUUCUCUAUUCACAUUUUGGCUCGCUGGUUCCAUUAUUGACCCUUCAGUCCAACUCCCCUGCAAGGUGAUGGGCUAUAUUCGCCAUCCCUCUUUCAGGAUUGGCUAAAGAUGGGGGCGGGUUGGUGGAUUUUGAUUGGUUCAUUGUCUGUUAACUUGUGUAUGGGGUGGGAAGGUGGGUGAGUCUGAAGGGGAAGGACAUGGAUGUAACCAGAGAAUUUAGAAGGGAAAUCUUAACUUGAAUGGCCAUACAGAGCACAGCUUCCGAAGAGAUCUAACAUCCAACUCCCAGGAGGACCAUCAAAUAUUCAUCCAGACUGCCCACUCUGUUCCAAUCAAGAGUGAGAAAUUCACCCCUUUACAUUUUGUAACUAUUGGUUUCCUUUACCAACCGAGAAAAAGGGAAUCUACAAAGAAUUCAUAUUUAAUAUUUAUAUAUAUAUAUUUUUUACCAUUUUGGAGCAAGCCCUGAAAGACUUCAUUUUUUUGUCUCUUGAUUUAAAAGUACCCUCAAAGGAUAUUUGCGGUGUGAUUGUUUAACUACUAGGAGGCAAUCUGAAUUCAGUAAGAAGUAUUUAUUGUCUUGAAUUUUAGCUCGGUAGGAGGCAAAAUAACCAUAAUAUGUAAAAUGAACUCAUUUUAAAAUUUGUAGCAUUAAGACAUUUCAAACAUUGAAGGAACAUUUUGUGAUUUUUGAAUACUGUUCUUGAAUUUUACGGAUGUUUUUCAGCAGCAAAAGUAACUGCUAGUUUUGAAAGAAUGUGUGGAAAAAUCACUUUGGCAAAGCAAGGAACUGCGAGAAAACUGGUUUUGUGAGAAUAUGGAAAAGAAGCUUCUUUAAUUUAGUGAUAAAACCUCUGUUCAGAAACAAAGGAAUUAAUUGUAGUUUCCUCUAUGCUCAGAACAACAGGUUUGCCUAAGUUAUCAACUACUCCUGAGUGACAUUUAGAGUGAAGAAAACUUUUUUUUUAAGAGUUCUGAAUUAUAUGUUCCAAAAUACGGAUUCCUGGGCUGGAUUGAUUACUGGUGCUUCUCACUGAAAUAAGUGCUUCUGUUUGUCUGGACACUGAAAGCAGCACUUUCUGGGGCAUCUGAAGCAUCUGCCAGACCUAGCACUACCUUUGGUCUCCUGUGGCUCUUGGUACCCAACUACCAGGAUGGAUGAAGUCUGGGUCGUCUACCUGUGUAUGAUAUUGUUUCUCUUCAUCCUUGUUUUGAUGAAGCAGAAGCCGGCCAAUGAAGUCAGGAAUGUGGACAAUACAAAGAGCACUUCAGUAUCAACCACCCAUCCCUCCAGCAGUUCUGGGAGACAUCUUGAAUGCACUGAGGAAGAGCUAGAGGCAUCCCUGAAGCGACUAACCAAUGUCUUGUUCAGUACUGAUGCACGGAGACCAGAAACUCAUCAUGAGCACCAGAAAGAGCAAGUGGGAGGAAGGGACCUAGGACAAUCCCAACCCCAGCUGAGCCACAGGAAGAUUCAGAUUUGAAAUGACUGAUAUUUUCGAGACAGCAUUUAGUGCUGUUCCCAGGAGACGCUUGAGGUGCACGUUGCACCUUUUCUGAAAGGAAGAGGCUUUCAGAGAAAGAAGAACAGCAGGAUGCCUGUCCCUUAUUUUCGCUCUCUAACCAAGGCUGUAGUGUUGACAUGAGUUAGGCUUUUCUUGGGAGUCUUAUUAAAUGCAAAUAUUCUUCUCUGUGAGGCUGUUAGCUGCUCUUGCUAAUCCCUGACCUUCCUGAAUAAACUUCCCUUCUUAACUCUAUCCCACCUGUGCUCACAACAAUGCGUUCCCCUAGACUAGAAACUCUCCUGCUAUGUCCAUUACUGGAAAGUGUGUGUGUGUGCGCACGUGUAGGGGAGAAAACCAAUCCUUAGAACGAGGGUGGGGAGCCUCAGGUGUGGGGGCCAUAUGACGCCCUCCAAGCCUCCCAUGUCUGGCCCUUGGGAUUUUCCUACACCAUGCCCCCUCCAUAGCCACACCCUCUCUUCUCAGGCCACACCCCUCACUGCCCUGCUUUGCAUUCUCCUUGAGUGUUUAUGGAUUGCUGGAAAUGUGCCUUUGGAACUCUGAUAAUGCCUCGAUGAAGGAUAGAGAAGGAUGUGUGUGUAGAAAUUAGCCCACUGCAUAAAAGAAAAAUUUGCAUGUAUUGCUCCACCCACUUUUGCUUCUGGCCCUGCCCACUAUUGGCAUGUGCCCCAGUCCCACCCCAUGAGAAGGUUAUCCAGAAGGACAAGCGACCCUCAGGCUGAGAAAAUUCCACACUCUUGUCUUAGAAGAUGCUACCAAAUCGUAAAUCUGCUAUGUGUGUCCAGCUGGGUCACUUUUUUAAUUUUAUUUUCCUUGAGUGAUAAACCCAGCCAUUCAGCAGUUUUGUUUUAUAGGAAGUCAGUCAAAUUCUCUGCUUUCCAUUGCAUAACUCCUUGAAAUCCAUUCAGCAUCUGUUACUUCCUGAAUCAAUUAAAAGGUCUAUGUCAAGCAAAAAGUAGUGUUUGACUCACUCUUUUUGUAAAAGUCACUUUGGGCCUGGUUAUGUAGCAAGGGACAGGGCUGGCACCAGCCUGCCCCAGCCGUGUGGCUCCUGCCUGUUCCACCUACCUCUCUCCUGUGUUCUGCUGCUGUGUGUGCAGAGCUGCCAUCAACCAAGAUGGUAGCGGAGGCUUCUUUAAGGGGCUCAUGCCCCUGCCGCCAUCUUGGUUGAUGGCAUGCAUGCGCACUACUCUACAUGCGCGCACAUGCCUGCCAUCAACCAAUAUGGCGGUAGGGGCAUUAGCCCCUUAAAGAAGUCUGUGCCACCAUGUUGGUUGAUGGUAGCCCUAUGUGCGCAGAACACAGCAGCAGAAUGCAGGAGAGAGGUAGGUGGAGCAAGUGAAUGGGGGAGCAGCCUGGAAGCUCUGGCCCUGUGUCCCUGCCGUGGAUCAUGGAAGGGGAGCACUACUCUCCUACCCUAAAGAGGGGCCCUUCAGGGGCCCUUAGCCAGGGCCCGACCUGGCCGCUUUUUGGUGUCAGCCCUGGCAAGAGACCUUCAUGCAAUUUACUUGAGCUAUCCCAGUAUAAGUGAGAUGAGGUCUGAGCUCAAGGAAAUUUGCACAUGCUGGUCCAGACCAUACUAUCUCAUCAAUGUAUCUUCCUCAUUCCAUUUAGCUGUCAGAGUUUUCUUUUUUUAUCCUGGAUUUGGUAUCUAUGCUAAAAUAACUCUGGUCCGGAUUGCUCAUGAGCUAAGUUCCCGAUCUUGCAAAACGUCCUCAAGUAGCCUUUCCUGCUAAUAUUUCUUCAUACAGCUAACAGGAAGUCUCUCCUCCCUUGCAAGUAGAUUUUAGUGCCUCGUUACACACAAAGUCACAAGAGUACAUAGGGGUGUAGUCAUCCAGGGUCUUGGGGGGAUCUUAGACCCUUUACUUUUUGGGGAGCAGGGUCUCAGCAGGGUCCCUAUGUCUCCAGCAUCCUAUGAGCCAAUUGGCAUGAAAGAAGAAUGUGUUAGCCACUGAGAAGAGUCUUCUAGCAUGCUUCUUUGUUCUUUCCUGCUGAUUGGAGCCAAUCAGAGUGAAAGGAGGUGAGUCAGCCACUGAGAAGACUUUUCUCAGUAGCUAACACACUCCCCUUUCAUGCCGAUUGACUCCUAGGGAUGUCUGUUGUUGUGGGAGAAGGCAUUAAGAAGGAUAGGGAAGCAGAAAGCAGUAUUCAAACCUGGCCAAGUUAUUCUAUAAUAUUAGUUUAUAUAAUCUUAGAAGGGGUGUAUCACGAAGGGAUCCUGCACUUCUGAAUUUGCCACUACACUACUGGUACUGAAGGUCUGCCACUAAACCCUGCUAGCCAGCAAUAGAUGGCAUGUGCAGGGAUGGUGGGAGGCAGAGGACAAACCAGCCCCCAAAUCAUAACUGCACUUGUCAAAUUGCAGAAGGGCCAUAGCUCAGUGGUAGAGCAUUUUCUUUGCAUGCAGAUGGAUGGGCCCAUGUUCAAUCCCAGGCAGCUCUAGACAGAGCUCGGAAAGACUCCCGUCUGAAAUCCUGGUAAGCCACUACACCAGGCCCUCCUGCACUUGUUGGACUUUAGCUCCCAUCAUCCCUGACCAUUGGCCACACCAGCUGUGGCUGAUGGGAGCUGGAGUCCAAUAACACCUGGAGGGCUGAAGGUUCCCCCACCUACAUGACCAGCGUGUAGCCCAGGGAUGAGGAACCUAUGGCCCUCCAGAUGUUGUUGGGCUCCACAAGUUUCCCAUCGCUACUGUAGACAAUCCUGAGCUAGGUGGUCCUAUGGACUGUAAAAAGCAGCUUCCUAGAGUCCUAAUUCUGAAUUUUCAUUGGGGAGUGGGGUUGUGGCUUCAUGAUAGGGCACAUGGUUUGCAUGUAAAAUGUGGCAUGUUCAAUCCCUGGCAUUUCCAAGGCAAGGGUGAGAGAAACUCAUAUAUUAAUAAACAUCCAUCUAAUAACAGGACACAUCAUUCUUCACUGAUUGACAUUUUUUGAAGGAGAGUGAGUAGGGUGAGUAUCCAGGCCACGCAGGACCCUUUCUGCCCAAAAUCACUAUUUACCAGAUCUCAUGGGAUCUCAGUACAGAUGCUCGCUUGGAAAGAAGCUGGAGGGGGCUGAUUUAAAAACCCAGACAAUAGUAAUUCAGUUCAAGCAGGAAGAUACUGGAUUGUUUUCUGUAUCUCCAGUUAAUUUACUCAUUUGUUGGGAGUUUUAUCAGUGCAGGUGAAGGACAGGGGGGCUCCCUUGUGCCAACGUUUCAUCUCGACCUUUGGCCUAGUAGCCCCAAGGUCUCUAACCUCCCCACAGUUCCUCUGUUGGACAGGGCUAUGCAUAAGCACAGAAUGCACACAUGCACACACCAAACACCAAAUCAGGGAGAUCCAAAUUCCAUUUAAAAAAAAAAGCAUUAAAGAAUGUAAAAAGAACCCAGUUGGAUCAGGUCUACGAGCCACCUUGUCCAAGGAUUCUCUUCUCACAGUGGCCAACUAGAUGCCUAUGGGAAGCCCAUAAGAGCAUAAGGAAAGCCUUGCUGGAUCAGGCCAGUGGCCCACCUAGUCCAGCAUCCUAAUCGUACAGUAGCCAACCAGAUGCCCAUGGGAUGCCUGCAAGCAGGACCUGAGUGCAACAGCAAUUGUAGUCCCAGUAACUGGUAUUCAGAGGCAUACAGAUGCUGAGAAUUUCAUGACCUGUAUUUGCAUACAUUUGCUAUUCUGCUUCUCUCAAUCGGGAGGAAGUUGAUGUUUUUUAAAAAAACAGUGUUCUCCACCCUCCUGCCAACAACACUGGGAAAUCCUGCUGAGUUUCCUCCUAGCUUCUGCUAUGUUAUCAGGCACGGCCACAUGCUUUUAAUUUAUGUCUAUCAGUAAAGACAACUCUCUUCCAUGUUGCAGUUUAUCAUCAUUGUCAUCUCUCUCUGCAAUAGCUAGUUAAUGGAUUUCUAAUUUUUAAAAUCUUAUAUGGUUUUAUGCCGUGUUUAUAUAUGUUGUAAUUUAAACUGCUUUGUGAGGUCUGCCUGAAAAGCGGUAUAGAAAUGCCAUAAAUAAAUAUUAAUCGCAUUCUCUCUCCCAGUGCCAGUCCUUACGGAGCCAGAAUAGCAUCACCUCUGCACAGAGGAAGGUACUGGAAUACACUGGGGAACUCUUGAAGCCUGAAGGAGUAUAAAAAAAACUUGGAGGGCGGGGGGACACAGAGAAUGAGGAAGAAAAACCCAGACAGCCAAAUGAGGACGGAAUUUAUUCAGUGGGCAUGAAAUGCUGAGACUACAUGCAUACCAUGUGUUUAAAGCACUUUAUUUCCCCCAAAGAAUCUUGAGAACUGUAGUUUUUUAGUGCUGGAAAUUGUAGCUCUGUGAAGGGUAAACUACAGUUCUCAGGAUUCUUCGGGGGGGGAGGAUAAUGUGCUUUAAAUGAUGGUGUGUAUGAAAACAGACAAAAGAAAGAACUUCUUCACACAGUGCAUAGUUAAACUAUGCAAUUUGCUCCCACCCGAGGCAGUGACCGCCACCAAGCUAGAUGGCUUUAAAAGAGGUUUAGACAAAUACUUGGGAGGAUAAGGCUACUAGCCACGAUGACUAUGUUCUGCCUCCACUGUCAGAGGUAGUACGUCUCUGAAUACCAGUUGGUGGAAACUGCAGGAGGGGAGAGUGUUCUUGCUCUCAAGUCCUUCUUACAGGUUUCCCACAGCAGCCACCUGGUUGGCUGCUGUGAGAAUGGGAUGCUGGACUAACUGGCCUGGUCCAGCAGGGCUUCUGUUUUGAUAAGGCUGUUAUCUGUACAAUUUCAGUCUCUACCUUAUCCGUUAAAAGCUCACAGCUUUUGUCAAGAAAAAGUUCCGUUUUGUGAAUGUUCAAUAAAAGUUUACAUAGAUACACAGCACAGAAA